GUUUUCUCAUCGGUGGCGCGCCUUGCAGAUCGUCCGCUGGAGAUUCGAAUCUCUGUGCAUCACUAUGACUCUGUUGGAUCAUUGCAGAAUCCGAAUCACCUCAACCCAAACGAUUGUGAUGUCCGUUCCUUUGUAAUUGGAACGGACGUGGUGGUGAGCAGAGAUACUCCAGCCAGGAAACAACAGCCAAGUGGAUCUGUUGAUCUUGGAUUUGCCCUCCACUUUACAGAGAUGAAGAAACCCACCCAGACCCGUAAGGAGUCAACUGGCAAGGUGAAGAAUAACAAAUUGCCUGUUGCAGAUGGGGUGACCGCCCCGGCCAAGAAACCACGGAAGCGACCUGCGGUGGAUGCCUCUA